CUCAAGGGAUUGGAGGCGACUUUUCACCAAUUUACACGCCGCUCGACCUAGCUCGCGCUCGCUCGAGAGAGCAGAGUUCCGCCGAGGCCAUGGCCGUGCACUACGUGGGCCACUACCAGCCACAGGGGCAGUUGUACUUGCGACACGUGCAACACGCCGCUCCGGGCCCAACUCUGACGAUCCAGGGCCGCCAUCGGCGGAUGUCUGCGCCGCCACCACCGCCGCCUGAGGCGUGCCGAAGGGCCCCCGUCCGCGCGGAUGGGUACCAGGUGUUGAAGCGGAUGCCGCUGCAGAUGCGGCGCGUGCAAGAGGAGGAGCGGCCUCAGGCGGACUUUGGCCGCGUGCCCCAGCCUUUGCCGUCCCAGUGGCGAGCGGACUUCGAGCUGAGCCCCAUGGGCUAUGACCUGGGCGGCGGUGCCUUUGCGGAGGUGUUCCGAGUGCAGCACCAGCGGAGUGACAAGAGCUUCGCCGUCAAGGUGAUGCAUCGCCCCAAUUUCGCCAUGCGCGGCAUUGAGCGCCAGAUCGAAGCGGAGAUCGAGGCCAUGCGCUUGGCGGCCGGCCUCGCCCGCGACUUGAAGGAGGAGAUCCACAUCUUGCGGCUGCUGGACGUGUGUGAGGAGGGAGAGUACGUGUACUUGCUUCUGGAGCUUUGCGAGCAAGGUGACCUGCUGAGAAAGCUCAACUGGGAGCCCACGCAGCGCAUUGCCGAGCAAGAGGCGGUGAUUAUCGCCCAAGAGCUGAUGAUCGGCUUGAAGCACGUGCACGAGCUUGGAUACAUUCACCGCGACAUCAAGCCGGACAACCUCCUGACCACAGCCCAGGGAGAGCUCCGCAUCGCAGACUUUGGAUGGUGCUGCCCAAAAGUGGAGGCCCCCACGUGCUUGGCCGGGACGCUGCUUUACAUGGCGCCGGAGGUGUUGCAGAAUGUGCCUCAGACAGUGCAAGCUGACGUGUGGAGUGCUGGGAUGACACUCUACCAGAUGAUGGUGGGGCGACCUCUGCUGCAAGUGAACCUCAGCCCCGGCGCGACCAUGCUCUCCGAGCAUGACCCGCACAGAGCAACGACUUUGAAGCAGCAGUGGCUUCUGAAGGAGAUCAACAGCGUGUGUCCGCCUUCGCUGGAGUCGCGACCGCGGGACGUCAGUGAGGCUUGCUGGGACUUCCUGCGCCAGGCCCUGCGAGUGGAUCCCAAGCAUCGCAUCACGGUGCACGCGGCCAUGUGCCACCCAUGGGUGAAGCUCGCAGACAGCCUCAAGAAAGAGAAGAAGGCCGCAGAUCGGGCCCAGGCAAGGGACGAGAUGCCGGCCAGCCCCACACCGACCAGAACGAAGGAGGCACGCUCACCGCCGAGCAACCGCAAGGACUCGAUCUCCGUCCCUACGCCGCUGAAACCUCGAUCCUAUGACCCGAAUCGCAACAUGGCGUACACGCCACCAGUCUCUCCAGAGCCGACACCGGAGCGCACUCGCUGGCCGCAGGCGGAGUUCCACAUGCCCGAGAAGGAGAACAGCACCGAUCCGGAAGUGUCGCCGGAGCGGAAGACGCGGCUGGCUGACAAGGUCUCCGCCAAGUGGAGCUCACCCAAGGAUGACCUCUCUGAGAAGCUGCAGGCCGCGCGUGUGCAGAUUGCCAAGCUGGCGUCGCCCCAGCGCCAGCUGACCCGGCCGGCGCGGAAGACCAUCGCCUCGGGCAUGCCGACCUGGGAGGUAGAGCGAGGAUUCGGUAGCCCUGCGCGGGAAAACAGGCCCUGGAAGCAGCCGGAUGAGUGGUCUUCCGAGAAGCCCGUGAACAAGGUCUUGGAGCCCAUGCCGGAGGAAGAAGGACAUGUUGGCUUCGGAGCCGAUUGUGAUCCCCGACCGACUUGUCCGAUCUACUCUUCCGUGAAGAUGCCUGCCUACCCUCGCGAGCCGAUGAUGCGCCCGCUCGCGACAGACUCCGACCUCCUCAUGACCUCGGCGCCCCAUGCCUAUCGCGACAACCGGGCCAUGGGCCGCUUUCCUUUGGAUUCUCGGCUGCAGCUGCGCUCCCCGGGCGCGCCUCCGGCGCAGGGCCAGCUUUUGACGCCUCGGGCGGCUGAGCGGCACCCCCCGCUGCAGGCCAAAAUGGUGCCAGCGCUGCCUGGCAACGCAGGUGUGAAUGCUCCCCUUGGCCCCGGCCCCACGGUAGUGCAAUCCGCGGCCUGCCUGCGAUUCCAGCAGGGCAGCCCCUUGAGAAGUCGACCGCAGCAGAUGGCAACCGCCGCCAGUUCGCCAGUGAUGACACAGGUGCGCCGGGUUGCGCCGGCGCCCGCGCCCGGCGCGUUCUAUGCUGCGCCGCAGCUGCAGCAGGUGCCGCAGCUGGCGCAGCACGCGCGGCACGCUGUGCCUGUCAUGUUUGCUGGCCGCCAGUCGCCCUUGCGCAUGGCAGCCGGAGCCCCAGUGGGCACUUGCCUGCGCCUGCAGACUGGCCCCGGCCCCGACGCGAAGGCGUGAGUGUGGCUGAAAGGCCCUGCAUGAGCUUCCAAUUCCAUGCACCCGCCGGGCCAUGGCAUCAGCGGAGCGCUGUGUGUGUGACAUAGCGCUUGAUGCUGUGACCCCUAAUUCAGACAGCUUGUCCUCAAAACGGGACCUUCCAGCGAGGUGAAGUUGCUUCUUACUGGA